AUGUCCUCCAGUUCGUUUGCGGCGUCCUCGUCGUCGCGCUCCUUUCUUUUGACGCGUCGUCAUCGAAGAAACACUCGUUCUCUCUCUGCUUCUUCUUCUUCUUCUUCUUCUGAAUCGUCGAAAUCCAUCGUCAUCGACGCGACGUUUGGGGGACGACGACGGGGAAACAGACGAGAUGGGAAAAGGAAUAUUAUCGGUCGGACUCGUUUUUCUCGCGCUCUCACGAGGAGUGCCUCGAACGAAGAGUCCACGCGGAAGAUAAACUACGACGACGACGACGACAUCGCUUUGGGGGGGACGACAGAAGGAGAAGAGCCGGACGUGUUCGAUUUGAUGAGCGCGACAAUCGUGCCGUACGAAAAGACGUAUCGCUUGUGCUUCUUGAGACACGCGAAAAGUAGUUACUCGCGAUGGGCGUACAGCAGCGGAGACGAGAUUGAGAAAGAGGGAGAAGACGAGGAAGAUAACUUUGAUUUACCGGAUAAGUAUCGAUCGAUCGCGCCGAGAGGGAAAAUUGGCGCGCAAGCGGUGGCGAAGAUGUUGGUUUCGGAGUUCUCGGAGUACGUCCCGUCGAUUAUUAUCACCUCGGACGCCACGCGGUGUUUAGACACCGUCGAGUGUUUUUCUGUCGCUGAACCGGAUGCGUUUGGUAAAACUACGGUCAUUUUGGCGCCGGAGUUUUACGAGGUGGCGCACGGGAGCGAUGUGAAAGCGAAGCGAAUACGUAAGGCGAUCGCGGAGAAGAUUAGGAGGGAGGCGCAGAUGAGAGGGGCGGAGACGGUGUGCGUGGUCGGACACAACGCCGGGUGGGAGAACGUGGUGAAACUGAUGACGAAAAGUAGUAAAAAAGUGAGAAUGAAAACAUCGAAUUGCGCGUUGUUGUCGUGUAAAGCCGGGGAGAUGACGUGGGAAGAAGCGUUGAUGGAAGGAGAGUGGGAAUUAGAGAAAAUUUUGAGAGUUCCGAAGGAGUUGAAUAGAAAAGCAAAGUUGGAUUAUCCGGAGGAAGGUAGCGGGAAUUGGAAGGAAGAGGAGAACGAAGCGGAAGAGGACGAAGACGAUGAAGGAGGGGAGAUUUUUUUCGAUGAGUACGUUACGACAGAAUAG